AGCCUGCUUGGGAUUCUCCCUCUCUCUCUGCCCCUCCCCGUCUCAUGCUGAAUCUGUCUCUCUCAAAAUAAAUCAAUAAACUUAAAAAAAAUAGUUCUGGAAUAACUGGAUAGCUAUACAGUUUAAAAGUUAGCCAAUAUAUUUGGCCUUUGCAUUAAAAUGAAUUCAAGAUGGAUCAAAGAUUUAAACGUAUGAAAUGACACCAUAAAAAUGCUGGUGGAAUUCAUAGGAAAAAAUUCUUAAAAGAAUAAUCUUAAAAUGGGGAAGACCUUUCUAAAUAGGAAAGAGCCUAGAGUGCUUGAGCUGCAGGAACUGGGUCCAGCCCUCGAGGGACCUGUGCCCUGACCCUCCCCAGUGGCCUUCUUUGUAUCAGCUGUUUCUGCUGCUGCAGUAGAUACUUUCAGGUGCAACUUCCUGCAAGGUGGGGCACCCAUCUCAGGCAGGUUUUGUGCACCCCACUGACUACUCCACAGGGCCCUCGCUGCCGGUGGCCUCAGGAUGAAAGCGGAGACCCCUGUGAACAGCACGAUGAGUACUGAGCAAGCCCGCAAGAUGGUGGAACAGCUUAAGAGUGAAGCCACCUUGUGUCGGAUAAAGGUGUUCAAGGCAGCAGCAGACUUGAUGGCUUACUGUGAUGCCCACUCCUGCGAGGAUCCCCUCAUCACCCCUGUGCCCACUUUGGAGAACCUCUUCUGGGAGAAGCAGUUCUUCUGUGCCCUCCUUUGAAUUGCUCUGUCCCUCCCCACAAGCUCUUCACCUUUCCCUCUCCUAGGCCCUUCCUUAGGUCAGUAAUUGUUGUGAGCCCCCGAGGGUCCCUGCAUCCCAUCCCUAGCCCUUGUCCAACCCUGUGAGGUAUUCUGAAGCUCUCUGUCACCUAUCUGUCGACCCCAUUUUGUCGCCCACUGCAGCUGAGCUCAAGUACCACCUGACUGGGGGAGGCCCCUUUAGCUCCAUCCCCAGAAGGGCCGUCAGACUCUGCCAGCAUCCUGCUGGCUUCUCUCUGUGACUGGUCAGACAAUGGAGAGAGGGAUAGCCCAGGGUCAGUGCUCUCAGUCUCACCUGGAGCUAUGAGAAGGGUAAAACCAUUUAAAGAAUAAAGUCAUCCAG